ACUUCAAUUUCAUUCCCGCGCUCAUCUUAUCUCGUGUCUUGAUUGUUUUGAGGUGAACGUGUUGUUCUAUCUCGGGAAAUAACCCAAUUUUCGAGAUACAGGGCAGUGUACCACGGAUCUAGGCUACAGGAUAACAACUGUGAGCAUUUUGCGCAAGAACUAUGCGGAAACCCUUGAACUUGAAAGAAAGCAGUUUGACGUUCGAUGCGUAAACAAAUUACACGUGUUUGAUUCAUAAGGAUGAAAAUAGAGAAUUUGUACACAUCAGCCGCUUGCAACCGGACUUCCGGUGCUGUGGAUUGGUGCAUCUCGCGAGGAAUUAUUGCCUUUGGCACCUGCAACAGUGUGGCAACGACAAAGGAACAGCAAGGAAGCUGGCAAAUUACCCAGAUUCUUACUGGUCACAGAGGACUCGUGAACGCGGUAAAGUGGAUGCAAUGCGACCAGAAUGAAGACUUGGCAUUGAUGUCUGCUUCCGAUGAUGGCACUGUCAUUCUGUGGUUAUUCCGGGAUGGAGAAGAUUUCCCAACUAAAGUUCUUCUGGAAAGUGGCAGAAAGUGUGGUAUCUGCACAGUGGAUGGAGUAAAACUAUCUGGAAAAAUGACGAUUGCAGCCGGAUUCAAGGAUUCUUUCGUUGAAGUGUGGGAAAGGCGAGAGGAAAAUGUGUGCGUGAAAGAGACCCUGAAUCUAGGAAAAGGCUUCUGUCUGGCGAUCAGGAUGGCGCAAUUUCUCAACACAGAGAGUCUCAUGCUCCUUGUGGCCACCAGCGAAAGCAGGGUUAAUCUUUACAUAGAUUCUGACCAGGAAAAGGGAAAGUUUGAACUGAAGAAAACUCUUGUUGGACACUCGGAUUGGAUUCGAGGGAUUGACACUAGUUCAGAUGGUCAGCAGAUAACCAUAGCCACAUCUUCUCAAGACAAUAAUGUCCGACUGUGGCGAGUUUCAGCAUUCCAAGCGCCACUGACGAAUGAUUUCGAUGUGGCUCGGACUCACCUCGAGAGACUCAACUUCCAGCACUGCAAUGAGACUUACCAGGUGGUUUUGGAGUCUGUCCUAAAGAGCCACGAAGGGUGGGUGUAUAGUGUACAGUUGGGAAGGAAUUCUGCCGGGAAUCUUAAAGUUCUCUCGGCUUCUAUAGACAAGUCUGCAGUGAUCUGGACACAAUCCGAUGGCUUGUGGCUGGAAGAAGUCCGUUUGGGUGACUUGGGAGGCAAUCAAAUGGGCUUUCUGACGGCACAAUUCGGUGAGAAGUGCAACGCCGUACUCACGCAGAACUUCCAGGGAUGCUUGCAGAUUUGGCAGAAGUUGCCAGAGAGUGAAAACUGGGACGUGACGUGCACUUUCGGGGGUCAUUUUGGAGCUGUCCGGGAGAUUGCAUGGGAACCACUUGGAGAAUACUUAAUAUCUGUGUCUGCAGAUCAAACUACAAGGAUUCAUGGACAGUGGAAGCACGAAGAUCACACAACAUGGCACGAAAUCGCCCGACCACAGAUCCAUGGAUACGAUUUGCAAGCAAUAGUGCCAAUGUCGCGUUUUAAAUUCCUCUCCGCAGCCGAAGAGAAGAUCAUCAGGUGCUUUCAGGCGCCUACAAUUUUUGCAAGAAACUUCCAAGCUAUCUGCAAGCCAACAGAGGAUGAGGAACUUAAAAGUCUGCUGAGCAGUGACGUAGCAGGAGUGGAAAUUUCUGCUCUGGGACUCUCAGCUCAAACUCCAGACACUGCAAUUCUGACCGCUGUCUUGGAUUCCCCACCGAAUGAAGAGUAUCUCAAGCAGAAUUCCCUCUGGGUGGAACUCCAGAAACUCUAUGGACACGGAUAUGAUGUCUAUGCUCUCGCUGUGAGUCCGGACGGGAAGAUUCUGGCCUCUUCGUGCAAAGCUAGCAAUGCUGAACAUGCCAAAGUCAUUCUCUGGGACACUAGCACAUGGCAUCCCACUCAAAACCUACACGCUCAUCAACUCACCGUAACACAAAUCCGCUUUUCUCCGGACAAUCUACAGCUUUUGUUGGUUUCACGCGAUCGCAAGUUCAGCGUCUUCGAGAGACAGUCGUCAGAUGCCGAAAAAUUCUCCUGCACAGCGAUCAGUGAUAAAGCAAAUGGUAUUCACACAAGGAUCAUCUGGUGUUGUGGAUGGUCUCAUGACUCUAAAGUCUUUGCAACGGGUUCUAGGGAUGGGAAGUUGGUAUCCUGGAGAAAAUCAGGCACAUCUAAUGGGUCUCUAGGUGAGUUCAACGCUCUGGCUACACAGAACUUCACCGACGAAUCCGUGACUGCGCUAGAUUUCGCCGGAGAAUUUGUGCAGGAGAAACUAUUCGUGGCUGUGGGCUUCGAAUCCGGAAAGAUAGCCAUAUGUUCUCUGAGUGACAAAUGGGAGAUUCUUCAGAUAAUUGACAAUUCAAAUGCACACAGUUUGACAGUGAAGAGCUUGCGCUUCCGACCAGGAAAACCUCUUCAGUUCGCCAGCUGCGGAGAUGACCAUUUGCUGAGAAUAUUCAAUCUCCAAUGUCCCAACGAGAAAAUCCUUUAUUGA